AUGCAAAUACGAAUUCUCGUAAUUUUACUGUUAUUUUUCCUUCUUGGAGGAAUUUUCGUUCAUCAAGCAAGUGCUGAAACCGAUCAUUCCGAAAGUAAUUCUCUGUUUGAUAUAUUUACAAAUAUUGUAUCAAUUACAACUAUUGGUCAUGACAUUGAAUAUAAAAAACAAAUACUUGCAAAAAUAGUAAAUUCUAAAGCUAUGCAAUCUACUUUACAAUCUGUGAAGGAGAUGUCAAAUAAUUUAAUGGAAAAGGGUGGUGAAUUGUUUGAGAAUGGAAAACAAGAAGUUUCUGCUCAAUAUUCUAAAGUUUCAAAUUCUGAAACUUUACAAUCUGCUUUACAGUCAGUCAAGGAAACAUCUAAUGAUUUAUUAGAAAAAACUAUUGAUUUUGUAAAACAGCAAUUAGAUGUCAUCCCACCUUCUGAACAAGAAUCUCCAAAUCAGGACGAAACUAAACCAAGAGAAUUUGAAACAAUCAAACAAGAGGAAAUAGUAGAAUCUGCUGGUGAUUCAUCAAAGAAAGAAGUAAAACAAGAGGAAUCCAGUACAGAAAUCACAAUUCACCCAAAAUAUUCUGACAGAAUGAAUUUUAAAAGGAGUACCUCUUGUGAAUUCAAAACAACUAGGAAAUCAAAUCUUCUUCUUAGUGCAGCAGCUGUAGGUGCUGGAACCACAAUUGUCUCUGCUGCGUGA